GUGAGAAACUUCAGCGUUAGCUAACGCUGCCUUAGCUCACUGCUUUCUGCUAACUUGGCUAAGAUUCAGCUAACCAGCUUAUGGAGUUCACAGCAAGUCGGCCAAAACCUCUGGGUAGUUAGCUAACUAACUUGAUAGCUAUAUAAUAAUUUCUCACACGAAUUAAAGUGACUUUCAACGAUUUACGAGUAUUUGAGUUUCUUAUUUAGGGUCCAGGGAUCUUGCCACAGGACCAUGUCUGGUGACCUAGUCGGUGUUUGGGAGGUGGCCCUGAGUGAUGGCGUCCACAGGAUUGAAUUUGAACACGGCACAACCACGGGAAAAAGGAUCAUCUGCGUAGAUGGAAAGGAAGUUCUCAGGAGAGACUGGAUGUUCAAACUGGUUGGCAAAGAGAGCUUUAAUGUGGGCAGCUCAGAAACGAAGGCCACCAUUAACAUUGAUGCUGUGAGCGGCUUUGCCUAUGAGUACACUUUGGAGAUCAAUGGAAAAAGCUUGAAGAAGUAUAUGGAGAACCGUUCCAAGGUGACAAGCACCUGGCUGCUCAACCUAGAUGGCAUAGACUGCAGAGUGGUCCUGGAGAAAGAUACAAUGGACAUUUGGUGCAAUGGACAGAAAAUGGAGACAGCUGGGGAGUUCGUAGAUGACGGCACGGAGACUCAUUUCACUCUGGGUGACCACGACUGCUGCAUUAAGGCUGUGAGCAGUGGGAGGAGGAGAGACGGCAUCAUCCACACGCUCCUGGUGGACGGCACUGAAAUGUCAGAGGCUGUUGAGUGAAAAGCUGUGUUGGUGGAAGUUGCCAUUUUAAUCUGAUCUCAGGUCAGUCUUGUAGUUGCUGGCCCUGGCCCUGAUUCAGCAUAAAAGGGCAACUUCUAACAACUCGUGUGUGUGUGUGUGUGUGUGUGAGGUUGGGGAAUAGUACGAGUCAAGAGAUGUUUGUGUAGAUGUGUGUCUUUGUGCAUUACAUUAAUGCCAUGGAUUAUGGUGUCCAACUACCAGUCAUAGAGCCAACAUAACUGAGUACGUUGCCAUUGGCAUCAGCGUAAAUAGGCCUGGUGUUAACUUCCUGUCAAGCAUUAAUCAGAGACAGUAAACCAGGCCAAGACUGACAUUUCAUAGAGCACAUGAUGUUUACCACUAACUACUAUCAAUAUGGGUUUUCUCUGUAAUGUUUCACUAGUAGUUCACCAGCAAUGAAAUAAGGUGUAGAAAUAAUAGUUUGGUAAAUAUAUAAUGUCAAUGAUAUUGAUGUCAGAUAUUGCUUUCUUAGUCUGAUUUACACUGAACAUGAACUCAUGUUACUGUAAAAGCAUACAGUGUGUGCCAGCUUUGUUUCUUAUUUAGAUAUGUUGAUGUAGAAAAUAAGGAACUUGAUCUCCACAUUGAUUUGGAGGUUGAGAAAUUUCCCCACCCUGUAAAGUGUUUCAUUUUCACUUUGAACUCAAGCUUUCAGAGAGAAAAACAACAGACAAAAUGGGAGUUUGUCCACACUGCUGCAUACACUGACAUUGUAUAGACUGUAAAAUGCUUAAACAGUUUAUCUGUAUAUGUGCGAUGACACCAUCAUCGUGUCUUCAGAACUAAGAAGUGGUUUAGUUAGGAGUAAAAUGUGCAGUAUAGAUGUUUACAGAUUUUUAGAGAAUUGUAUAAGUACCCUUAAAGGUUUUUUAGCUCCACCAGCCGCCUCCUGAGGGCAAGGAUUUAUGGCAAUAACAUUCCUAUGGAAGUGCACUUUUUUGUUUUACUAUCAUUUCUACUUACAGAUGGAAGGUCCAAUAUGUUCUAAGAUAGGGUACGUUUUAUGUUACAUUCUUUUUAUUUUACAUUUACUAACAUAUACAUUUAGUAAAAGCAAAAAAAAUCCCCUCAUGCAUUAAAAGAUGCCAGCAUCAGCUUGCACAUGGUCAUGGCUGUUUUGAGUAAGAUUCAAGGCUCCAUGUAGCUGACAUGGCUAAACAUCUUUGUGGUUGACAAUAUUGAGUCUGAAUACAUAUUUACUUAAUUUAACUUUAUCACUACUUCUUCAGUCCAAACUUAAACCACCAUUGUUUUCUUAAUUCUUUUAGACGUAGCCGUUGUGUUGUGUUUGCAGCAUCUUGUUAUGCCCUUUCUGCAACUCCGUAUGCUCUGUAUUUUCCACAAAUAAACAGGCUCAUGAUGUUCUUCUCAAGGCACUUGGCAUUACAUUUUAGGGCGUAUUAUUGCAUCCUCCUGGGCUGGCAUGCAGAUGUGAAUGUUUUCAAAUAAUUUUUGCAGGGUUGGGUGGACAGAUACAUUUUUGAAAAAGUUGAUGCUGUUGUGGGUGGGUUUUUUUUCCCCUUUAAACAGGGGAGGCUGAGGUUGUAUUGCAUUGUUGAGUGCCUAUCUACACCAAAGUAAUCCAAAAAAGGGCCAGUUAGACAUAAAUACAGGAAUUCUAUUUUCUUCCCAUAUAUGAAUUACAGGAAGGCUCCUUUCCUGAGUACUUUUCCUAAAUUAAAUAGAAAAAAUUUAACACCAAUCUCUGAUGUUAAUAUUGUACCUCUCAGUAUUUUAUUGUAGAAAGCCCCUUUCACAUUAUAUUCUUGUACUUAAAGUCAUGUACAGUAUGUGUACUAUAUGUUUCUGUAUUUUGUUGUGUUGGCUGACAAUGCCAAUGUUGCAUUUGUGUUACCAGAUUAAAUCUCUAAAUCUGCUGAA